CCUGCUGCGCAUGCUCGCUCCGUGACCCCAGCUUGAGGUGACGGCCCGAACCGAGGCGGGGCCCCAGGCAAGAGGCUGCAGGACCUGCCGCGGCUCGGUCGCCGGAGAGGGAGGGCUCCGCUGCCACCGCCGCCCUGCCGGUGCCCGGACAGAGCCCCUGGACUGCCAGGUUCCCGACCAGGGAGGAGGAGGAGGAAGAGAACUCCAUCUGCUGGGGCCUGAGUGUGGCCUGGGGGACAGGCCAUCGUCCCAGAAUGCCCCUGCCGGAGCCCAGCGAGCAAGAGGGCGAGAGUGUGAAGGCUGGCCAGGAGCCGUCCCCGGAGUCCCCUGAGCCAGGCACAGAUGUUGUCCCUGCAGCGCCCAGGAAGCCCAGGAAGUUCUCCAAACUGGUCCUGCUGACGGCCUCUAAGGACAGUGCGAAGGUGGCAGGGGCCAAGCGCAAAGGGGUGCACUGCAUCAUGUCCCUGGGAGUGCCCGGCCCCGCCACCCUUGCCAAAGCCCUCCUCAAGAUCCAUCCUGAGGCUCAGAGGGCCAUCGAGGCACCCCCACAGGAGCCUGAGCAGAAACGCAGCAAGCUGGACACAGCCGGAAAAGAAGAUGGAAGGUUGGCAGGGCAGUCUGCCCCCAGUACUGAGGUCGUAGGGGAGGAGCCCACCGCAGAUGCCGUCAUGCCCAGCACCCUCCUGUAACUCUGACAAGCACGGUAUGCCCUUAUUGGA